AUGGAAGAGGUGAAGCUACUUGGAACAUGGCCUAGUCCAUUUCUUUACAGAGUAAUAUGGGCUCUGAAACUAAAAGGUGUGCCUUAUGACUACACAGAAGAAGAUUUGUCCGAUAAAAGUCCUCUGCUACUACAAUACAACCCAGUCCACAAGAAGAUCCCAGUGCUUGUUCAUUGUGGAAAACCAAUUUGUGAGUCCACAAUCAUCCUUGAAUACAUUGAACAGACAUGGCCGCAACCUCCCUUGCUGCCAAAUGAUCCUUAUGACAGAGCCAUGGCUCGGUUUUGGGCUAAAUUUGCUGACGACAAGGGUUAUGCUAUUUUUAUAAUGUUUCAUACCACUGGAGAAGAACACGAAAAGGCCAUGAAAGACAGUCUUGAAAUGCUGAGAACAAUAGAAGAUCAUGCUCUCGGAGAGAAGAAAUUCUUCAGCGGGGAUAUCAUCGGUGUAGUUGACAUAGCCUUUGGAGGCAUUGUUGUUUGGUUGGAAGUUUUAGAAGAUGUGUUAGGGAUGAAGCUACUUGAAGCCCACACGUUCCCUCGCUGGCAUGCAUGGAUCAAAAAUUUCAAGGAAGCACCCUUAAUCAAAGACAAUCUUCCCGAUCGUGAUGAAAUGUUGAUGUUUUUCAAGCUCCUGAGGCAGAAGUAUCUGGCAUCUCCAUGA